AUGGGCAUUCGGGUGGAUGAUGGGCAGUCUCAGAAGUUGGCGGCUCUUCUGCUUGAGGUUCGGAAGGAGUGUUUGAGAGCCACGAGUUCUUGUCUGCCAGUUCUCGAGACGCUGCGUUUGGCAGUGUGGCCACACGUGCAAGCUGAGAUCAAUGGCUCACUCAGUCCGUGGAUGCCUGGUUGGAAUUUGGAGCCUUUGCGUGGUAUCCUUGCGCAAGCCGGCGGAGUGUCUGGCAUGGGGACGAAGAUGGCCUUUCGCCACAUCUUCAAAGCUGCCGGAGAUACAAUCUUUGCAAAUCUUCAGGGAGUCACCACUGACUUCAAGCAACAGGACUACCAGGAGUUGUGCAAUGCCUUUCAUUCAACAGACCUGAAACACAUAGCUUUUACAUUCGUUCGCGAUCCAAUUUCUCGCUUUAUCUCAGGUUACAGUGAGAUCGAAUAUAGGACUCGUACUGGCCUUGACUGGCCCAUUUUUGGCUCUCUAGCCAAGCUGCUCCGAGAGUAUCCGGUAGGCAGCGCUGUUCGAGCUGCUGCUUUCUUUGAGGAGUUCCUGCGCAGUGGGAUCGAUGUCAAUGGUCAUGUGAGGCCACAGCUAGAGUUCUUGCAACCAUUGUCAGGCUGUUCCUUGCCGAUGGACUUCAUUGGCAAAACUGAACGUGCUGAGGGGCACUGGGCCAAGUUGUUUGAACUGCAGAAUGAGACGGUCCCAGAGUUUGACAGCCUCCUCGCACUCCACAGUCACGGUUGGCGAGAUGAGCAGGCCAUGAAGACAUUCCUGGCAAGCUCAGCCAAAUACAUGCGGGCGCUUUGCUGGCUUUACUUGGGGGACUUUGCGGUUUUUGAAUAUGAGCUGCCCAAUGAAUGUCGACAAGAACCCAUGCAGAGUGCAGUUGCAAUGCUGCGUCGGGAGCCGUUAUUCUUGCAGAUGGGCAUUCGGGUGGAUGAUGGGCAGUCUCAGAAGUUGGCGGCUCUUCUGCUUGAGGUUCGGAAGGAGUGUUUGAGAGCCACGAGUUCUUGUCUGCCAGUUCUCGAGACGCUGCGUUUGGCAGUGUGGCCACACGUGCAAGCUGAGAUCAAUGGCUCACUCAGUCCGUGGAUGCCUGGUUGGAAUUUGGAGCCUUUGCGUGGUAUCCUUGCGCAAGCCGGCGGAGUGUCUGGCAUGGGGACGAAGAUGGCCUUUCGCCACAUCUUCAAAGCUGCCGGAGAUACAAUCUUUGCAAAUCUUCAGGGAGUCACCGCUGACUUCAAGCAACAGGACUACCAGGAGUUGUGCAAUGCCUUUCAUUCAACAGACCUGAAGCACAUAGCUUUUACAUUCGUUCGCGAUCCAAUUUCUCGCUUUAUCUCAGGUUACAGUGAGAUCGAAUAUAGGACUCGUACUGGCCUUGACUGGCCCAUUUUUGGCUCUCUAGCCAAGCUGCUCCGAGAGUAUCCGGUAGGCAGCGCUGUUCGAGCUGCUGCUUUCUUUGAGGAGUUCCUGCGCAGUGGGAUCGAUGUCAAUGGUCAUGUGAGGCCACAGCUAGAGUUCUUGCAACCAUUGUCAGGCUGUUCCUUGCCGAUGGACUUCAUUGGCAAAACUGAACGUGCUGAGGGGCACUGGGCCAAGUUGUUUGAACUGCAGAAUGAGACGGUCCCAGAGUUUGACAGCCUCCUCGCACUCCACAGUCACGGUCGGCGAGAUGAGCAGGCCAUGAAGACAUUCCUGGCAAGCUCAGCCAAAUACAUGCGGGCGCUUUGCUGGCUUUACUUGGGAGACUUUGCGGUUUUUGAAUAUGAGCUGCCCAAUGAAUGUCGACAAGAACCCAUGCAGAGUGCAGUUGCAAUGCUGCGUCGGGUGUCUCUUUCGGGUAAUCCGCUCGCUUAA